AUGGCCUUGACUCCUAUCCGCAUCACCGCGCUGCGGCAUUCUGCAUUCUACUCGCCCCUUCUGUACACCAUCAAGAGUGGACUUCUGCAGUCACAGGGCUUGGAGCCACACUACGAGCCGGGUACUCCGAGCAACCCUGCCCUGGAACAGGUGAGGAACGGCACUGCCCAUCUGUCGCAGCUGGCCGUUGCAGCCAGCUUUGCCGAACUGGAGAAGGGCACGAAGCAACCUGACAUCGUCCAUUUCGCGCAGAUAAAUGCUCGAGACGGCUUCUUCCUCUGCCGACGCGGCUCUGGAAAGGGCUUUGAUUGGCGUGAGCUUGAGAACAAAGAG